UUUUAUAUUUAUUGCUAUCUUAGCAUUUGAUUGUUUAAAAAUAAAAUUUCUUGAUAUGUUUUAAGUGAUUAAUUAAAAUGACGGACGAAUUGCAAAACUACAAAUUACAAUUGCAACAGGUUGAAGCUGCACUGCAAACUGACCCAAAAAAUGAAGAGUUGUUAAAACUUAAAAGUGACCUUGGUGAGGUUAUAACACUUACAAGAGAUUUAAUACAAACCCAACUAGAAGAACAGCAAAAGUCGUCAUAUGUGGAACCUUCCUCAACUAAAGCAGCAUCUUCAAACUAUUUCGACGAAAUUGAAGCUGCACUUUUAGAGGCCGAAAAAAUAGUAUCAGCAGCUAAGGUUUGGAAAAUUGGCGAUAAAUGUCAAGCUAAAUGGAAGGAGGAUCGUCAAUACUAUGAUGCAACUAUUGAAGAUAUAUCAAGUGGAGGUGAAGUUUAUGUUAUAUUUGAUGCCUAUCAAAAUCGUUCUACAACAACUUUGAAAGAUCUGCGAGAAAGAACUUCCCGUUCUGAAGUUUUUCCAUCAAACAAACGGCAUAGACCGAACCAAAAGGAAUAUUUAAAAAAACGUAAACAAAAGAAACAACAACGUUUUAAAGACUUGGAGGAGGAACGUGAAUCUGAUAAAAAUAAAUGGCUUCAUUUUACAAGUAAAAAUCAAAAAAAAGGAAUGAAAGUCAAAAGUAUAUUUGCCUCCCCGGAUAAUGUCAGUGGGAGAGUGGGAAUCGGUACUUGUGGAACGGCAGGAAAAGGCAUGACUGAUUUUACGGUAGGCGAAAAAUACCGAAAAGGACUUUAAAAUGUAAAAUAAAAAUACUACAACAAAUUUUAAA